AUGGCCCCAAAGAAACAAGUCGAAGAAAAAAAGAUCUUAUUGGGUCGUCCAGGUAACAACUUGAAAUCCGGUAUUGUUGGGUUAGCUAACGUCGGUAAAUCCACUUUUUUCCAAGCUAUCACUAGAUGUCCAUUGGGUAACCCAGCUAACUACCCUUUUGCCACUAUUGAUCCAGAAGAAGCAAGAGUUAUUGUUCCAUCUCCACGUUUGGACACAUUGUACGACAUUUACAAGCCUAAGGCCAAGGUUCCAGCCCAUAUCACUGUUUACGAUAUCGCCGGUUUAACCAAGGGUGCUUCUGCUGGUGAAGGUUUGGGUAAUGCUUUCUUGUCUCACAUCAGAGCUGUCGAUGCCAUCUACCAAGUUGUUAGAUGUUUCGAUGAUGCCGAAAUUAUUCACAUCGAAGGUGAUGUCAACCCAACUAGAGAUUUGGAAAUUAUCAGUAACGAAUUGAGAUUGAAGGAUAUUGAAUUUGCUACCAAGCACUUGGAAGGUGUUGAAAAAAUCACCAAGAGAGGUGGUCAAUCUUUGGAAGUCAAGCAAAAGAAAGAUGAAGCCAUUUUAGUUCGUAAGAUCAUUGAUUUGUUGGAAAAUGGACAAAGAGUUGCCAACCAAACAUGGACUUCUAAGGAAGUUGAAAUCAUCAACACCAUGCAAUUGUUGACCGCCAAGACAUCCAUUUACUUGAUUAACUUGUCUGAAAGAGAUUACAUUAGAAGAAAGAACAAGCACUUGAAGGCUAUCAAGGAAUGGGUUGACACUUACUCUCCAGGUGAUGUUAUCAUUCCAUUCUCUGUUUCUUUGGAAGAAAGAUUGUCCCACAUGGAAACCGACGAAGAGAGAGAAGAAGAAUUGAAGAACAUUGGUGCUGUUAGUGCUUUGCCAAAGAUCAUUGUCACCAUGAGAGAAAAGUUGGAUUUGAUCUCCUACUUCACUGGUGGCCCAAGCGAAGUCAGAGAGUGGACUAUUAGACGUGGUACCAAAGCUCCUCAAGCUGCCGGUGUCAUUCACAAUGAUUUGAUGAACACCUUCAUUUUGGCCAACGUUACCAAAUUUGAAGAUCUUGUUGAACUCGGAGAUGAAGCUACCGUUAAGGCUCAAGGUAAGGUUGCUCAAAAGGGUAAGGAUUAUGUUGUUGAAGAUGGUGAUAUCAUGUACUUCAGAUCCGGUGCUGGUAAGAACUAG